AUGCAUUCCCGCUCUCCAGGCUCGAUCGGACAGAUCCCGGAUCUCGAAUCCGAACACCUUCCAUAUCCAGUUCGACCUCUGGGAAGCUCUCUACCCGGUCCUCGUGAGAUCGCCGAGAGGGAGGAUGAAGAGAGGUUCCGAGAAGCGCUCGCGCAAGAACGAGCUCGGCAGGAAGGACGAGCGGAAAGGUCCUCGAUAUCAUCUUUAUCGUCUUCGAGGGGGGCAUGGUCUAUUGGCCAAUCUCAAUCGCAAUCGCAAUCUUUAUCGCAAUCUUUGCAUGAAGGGGGACGAGAACGGUCGUCUACAGGAACGGGGAUCGCGAUGGGGAUGAGGCUCGAGCCGCUCUCGUUCGAUGCUCGUACGAUCUUUGCAAACGAGAGGAAUCGGGCGGACUCGUCUGCCUCGCCAAUCAGUCCCGGUGGUUCGCAGUCUAUCCCGAGGUUGCUAGGCUAUCUCGGGGACACUCAGAAUCAACGGCCGGGUACGGGUACAGGGUCAGAUCGGGCGUUUCCUAGCGUAUUGAGGCCGGGGUCUGGGUCGACUUCUUCGUCGUCGAUGCCGAUGAGCGCCGGUUUGGGCGGUUCAUUCACGGGAAUGACGAUGCAACAGACUCAGCAAGGUCAACAGAUGGACGUUCUGGGCUAUCAUCAACAACAGGGAGAGGCGGGGAGGUAUCGACGAGACCAGCCGGGGGAUCCGCAACGAUAUGCAGAUAUGACAUCGCCUUACCAUAUCGGUCGAUCACGACGACCUGAUAGCCCGUCUCGUUAUCCUACAAAUUCGACACAUGGUCAAGGCCCUUUUACCAGCUCGUCUUCACCGCGAUACGGCGCGCAUCAUCUUCCUCCCAUCCUUCCUCCUCUUCAAGGCACAAGCAACACUCAUGCCAAUUCUCCGUCUGGCUAUCCUCAGCGCUGGGACGAACCGGGACCGUCCUCCUUGCCGGACAGGCUCGGUCAGCCUUCGCUCGAACAUCCUCACCACCAUCAUCAGUCUCAUCACCCACGAACCCCACACAGAGACCAAUUUGGCGAUCACUCCGGGAUCUCGGUCUUUGGGAAUCCAGAGUAUACCUCGGUGAUCCCUAGCGCGUCGAGGAAGAGGUUGACGGGGAAGAGUAAUACGCCGGCGGCUUGUUCAGCUUGUAAGAAGGCUCAUUUGGCUUGCGACACUGCGAGGCCUUGCAAGCGAUGUAUCGGGAUUGGCCGACCCGAAGGAUGUCUAGACGUUCCGCAUAAAAAACGAGGUCGACCAAAGCUCGUCACCACUGGCAGGGCACCUUCAACCACGACCGCGACGGCUAACGUAGCGCCGGGCACGGCUGGCCGUAGAGCGGGCCAAUCUUCGUCUGCCCGAGAUGUCAACGAGCGCGAUCAUCCCUAUCAUCUGCCCGAUUCCUCGAGGUCUCUCGACAGUCCCGGAAGCAGGUCAUAUCCUCAAAGGCUAGAGCCUGCUCAUCCGUUCGAGCAGCAGAGUACUCCCUGGACUUCGGAAGAUCUUCGAUACAGGCGGGUCGGAGCAGAAAAGGGGCUCGGCGUCACACUGGGACAGCCUGCCAGAGACACGCAGGCUCCGGGCCCGCUCGAUCUCGAAGCGGUCGUCACGAUCCGCAACGAUCUGACUCUUACGGGUAUCACGCCAUUCAACGGCCACGCACAUGCGUUUGGCGACCGAGGCUUGGUACUCGAUAAGCAGUGCAUCAACUACCCUUUCCUCGACUUCAUUCAUCCCGACGACCGAGACAAGGUUCGAGACGCCGUAUUCUGCGCUCUGGUCACGCGAGGUCAACUCGAAAUUGCUAGAGAGCGCGAGAGAGAACGACUCAAGGCCGAACUCGGUCAAUCUCCCAAGGAGCACGAGAUCCUCGUCGAUCCGAACCAGAUCCAAGGCACUGCGACAUCGGGACCGGCCAUGCCGAUCGCCAUCAAUACCGAAGAGGACAUGGUUGCAUACCUUUCGCAAGCCGAAGAACAUCGAGGUACUGCCGUCGUUCGCCUCAAGGAUCUCAAAGGCGACUACUCGGCCUACCGGAUCGUCGCUCGUAAUGACCCAAAGCAGUGGUUCAUGGGCGGUAAGAACGAUCUCGUCAUCGGGCUCGAAAGGGCAUCGAGAGUCGCCGGAUCCGUGUCUACCCCAUCUCACAUGUCAACGCCGAGGAGCGUACAAGACAUCAUCGGCUCACUCUCCGAAUCUUCCUCAGCCCCGCCCAUCUCGCCUAUCGGAGGAAACACCCUCCCAUCGUUUUCAGAACUUUCGGCGGGGCUGCAGGCUCCAUACCCCUGGAACGCUUCGGGAUCGCAGGUCCCACCGCCUAGCUCAUUCGCGAGGCAAGGCCCCAUAUCUCCCGGCGGGGGUGCAGAAACGCCUUACGAGCUGCAAACAUUGAGCAUCUCAGCUCCAGCCUAUACCGCCGCCACCCACGAUCGGUUCACGGCUCUGUCCCCUGGCGCACCCGCCCGACACGCGUAUUCAACCAACACACUCAAGAGUCCUGACGCCGCUCGACAAGACUCGGCGGGAUACUUUUCCAUGGCACCGCGUUGA